AUGUCUGAUCAAAACACUUACCCAAAUAAGUACAGUGAAUUGCGAAGUAUAUAUGAAUACUACAUCGAUUCAUAUAAUGCAUUGUAUCAGCUAAAAACUGAAAAUGAAGAGGAAAUAAAUAAUAUUUACAAAAUGAUCAAAACAGAAUUGAUUGAUUCAAAGAAAUGUUUUCCUUAUACUAUUAUAAAUGACAUUUUAUGGAUUGUUCUUUCUAAUAAUCGCUAUGCAAAGUCUUAUUUAUCUCUUGCCAAACUCAUAUAUGAUGACUAUCAAGUAAACGAGGAAAUCAAAGUUCCAUUAAUUGUUAGAUACCUAUUUUAUAAAGAAUAUGGAAUUAAAUUGAACAAAUCCGAUAAUUUCGAAACAAAUAUCUCAGAAAAUCUCAAUAUCCAGUUAGAAGAUACAAUUUACAGAGCAAUUAUGUAUAAUGACUUAGAAAGAUUCAUCUUCUUCACCGAAAGAGAAGGAUUUGAUAAAGAUCAAAAACUUGAAAGCGAUUUAUACGCAUAUUGUGAAGAAGGAUAUUCAUUACUUGAAUUAUGUUGUUACCAUGGAGAAGUUGACUGUUUCAAGUUAUUAAGAACGAAAUUUAACUCAGAAAUAACUCAAACAUGUCUAAAUUUAUCAUUUUUAGGAGGAAAUUCAGAAAUCAUGAGUGAAUGUUUGAAAUAUCAAAAACCAAAUCAACAAUGCAUGAAAUGUGCAAUUAUUUCGCACAACAUUGAUUUUGUUACAUUCUUGAUGAAUGAAUUCAAUUUAGAGAUCGAUUUAGAAAAUUGCGGAUGGUAUAAUAAUUUGGAAUCAAUUUUUGUUUAUUUUGAUCAAACUAAUGAAAUUAACAAAUGCUUUCUUUAUUCAACAAGACUCAAUAUUCCGUCAUUACUCGAAUACUUCCUUUCACACGGUGCGAAUAUCAAUAAAAAAGAUAACGAUGGAGUAACCGCACUUCAUAUUACAGCAUCUCAAAAUAACAAAGAAACAGCCGAAUUUCUUAUUUCACAUGGUGCAAAUAUCAAUGAAAAAGAUAAUUAUGGACAAACAUCUCUUCAUCUUGCAGCAUUGAAUAAUAGCAAAGGAACAGCCGAACUUUUAAUUUCACAUGGUGCGAAUAUCAAUGAAAAAGAUAACGAUGGAGAAACUGCUCUUCAUAAAGCAACUAAUUAUAAUAACAAAGAAACAAUCGAACUUCUUAUUUCACAUGGUGCAAAUAUCAAUGAAAAAAAUAAAUUUGGGAAAACCGCUCUUCAUUUUGCAGCAGAAAAUAAUUGUAAAAAAACAGCUGAACUUCUUAUAUCACAUGGUAUAAAUAUCUAUGAAAAAGAUAAUGACGGAGAAACCGCUCUUCAUAAAGCAGCACGCAGAAAUAGCAAAGAAACAGCCGAACUUCUUAUUUUAUAUGGUGCAAAUAUCUAUGAAAAAGAUAAUUAUGGAAGAGCUGCACUUUGUAUUGCCAAAGAAUAUAAUUGUAAAGAAACAAUCGAGCUUCUUAUUUCACAUGAUGCAUAUAUCUAUGAAAAAGAUGAAUAUGGACAAACCUCUCUUCAUAUUGCAGCAGAACAUAAUUGUAAAGAAACAAUCGAAUUUCUUAUUUCACAUGGCGCAAAUAUCAAUGAAAAAGAUAAUUAUGGAGAAACCGCUCUUCACCUUGCAGCACGUAAUAAUAACAAAGAAAUAGCCGAACUUCUUAUUUCAUCUGGUGCAAAUAUCUAUGAAAAAGAUGAAUAUGGUCAAACCUCUCUUCAUAUUGCAGCAGAACAUAAUUGUAAAGAAACAAUCGAACUUCUUGUUUCAUAUGGUAUAAAUAUCAAUGUAAAAGAUAAUGAUGGAAAAACUGCUCUUCAUAUAGCAGCAUUUUAUAAUAACAAAGAAACAGUCGAACUUCUUAUUUCACAUGGUGCGAAUAUCAAUGAAAAAGAUAACGAUGGAGAAACCGCUCUUCAUUUUGCUGUAGCUCAUAAUAGUAAAGAAACCGCCGAACUUCUUAUUUCACAUGGUAUAGAUAUCAAUAAAAAGAAGAAACAUGUGAAAACCGCUCUUGGUAUUGCAGCAGAAAAUGAUUAUAAAGAAAUGGCCGAAAUUCUUAGAUCAUAUGGUGCAAAGGAUGACAAAUGCAAAAUUUACUAA